CAGUGACUAGACCUACCAAGAGGGGUCAUCUUGAUAGCAUAUCGCCGUACGAACUUUGAUUGGAGGGUGAUAACCCAUCGAUUGGUCCAGUUUCCAUAAGACUUGAUGCACACGUUCUCCACUCCCUCCCACAAAUAACUCCGCCCUUUCACUCGUUUCUUCCUGCGCAAGUCUUGCUCUUUCUCUCUCUAGAACUCUGUACAAAAUCCACCUCUUUCUCUCUCUAGAACUCUGUAUAAAAUCGACCUCUUUCUCAAUGCACCCAAAGGGCACCAAGGCAAGAGAGAAACCCAUUGCACAGAAGUUAGAGAGAGAGAGAAACCCAUUGCACAGAAGUUAGAGAGAGAGAGAAACCCAUUGCACAGAAGUUAGAGAGAGAGAAACCCAUUGCACAGAAGUUAGAGAGAAAAAACCCCAUCGUCGAUAACCAAGAGAGACCCUCACUGUACAGGAGUUAGAGAGAGAAUGAGGAGAGAGGGAAGACAGCAUGGGUUCGUGAGGACCUACAAUGACAAUUAUCAGAAAUCCGGCGCUACAGAUGCCCAUCAUGUCCGAAAAGCGCCGCAAAAGCCCACAAACCAGUCAAGGUUCACCGGAAAGUGUGGGAGGCCAAGGUGCACAGGGUGCCAUGAUCUCCCUGUUACUAAGUCAAGGAACAAGACCAAGGGCGCCAAAAAGCUCAGGGAUGUAGAUGUCAGGGUGGAUCAUUUGAUGUGGAGGGUCAAGGGCGGCGGUCAUGGGUUGCCCGAGCUGUCCGGACUCUCGUCCUCAAGGUUGUUGGGAUAUCUGUUGGACUACGGUGAUCAUGAAAUUGACUGCGAGGAUGAGGAGCACGCUGAGGGGUAUGGGUAUGUGAUGUCCGGAGAAGAAGGCUGGGGACUUGACUGCGAGGCUGGCGGCGAUGUGAUUCGCGAGGAACCUAGGGCUGCAGCAGCUGGCGACGAUGAGAUUCGUGAGGAAUCCAUAGCUGCUGCAGGUGGUUUUGGAGAUUUGGAAUUUGGGGAGGGUGGGAUUGGGGGUAAUGAAGAUGGUGAUGAGUAUGAUUUUGUUGCAGUUUUUCAAUGGGAAAGUGAGGAGGAGGAAGAUUGGUUCUUGAUUUAAGAUGAAAUUUGAAGUUAAUCUGGCCAGUCUCUCUGGUCCUCCUCUCUCUCUAAAAAUUUGGUCUCUCUCUGGUCCUCCUCCUCUCUCUAAAAAUUUGGUGCAUUGUGUGGAUAUUUAGGGCAAAAAUAAGGUGUUCCUUUCUUUCUCUCUAGACUGGUCCUCCUCUUUCUCUCUAAAGAGGCAGACAAGAAAAAAGAUGGAUUUUGUCUCUCUCUCUGUGAUUUUUGUCAUUUUUUCUUUUUCUGUGCUUCCUGUGAUUUCAUGGUGUUGGAUAGAAGUUGUACGCAAGACGAUAAUGCUUGUAUAAAUGGAAGAUGAGAUCGAGACCGCUCGUUGAAGAAGUGAAGGGGAGGGAGAGGCCACUACGUUGAACCGUCCUCUUCAGUAAUAUCUUUCUCGAAGAAAACUGUGCUUGGAAUGGUGACCUCUUAUUUUCUGGUCUGAUGGAGAGAGGAGAACCUCUUCUUCUCUGAGCAUUUCCUAUUUUUAACUUUCUCUCUCUAAGCUUUUUAUAUUGUUAACUCUCUCUCUCUAAGUAAUUCAUGUUCUUGUAUGGACCUCUCUGGCUCAUUUAGUCCCUCAAAUUAGUUGCAAUUUCUCUCUCUUAUGUUUUUGGUGGGGAUUGAAUUGCAUGAGAAAUUUGAAAGCAUAAGAGGCCACAAUUACUUGAAAUUUUAUAUUUGAUAG